UCCGGGGGCCGAACGGGCUCCGGGGCCUUCCUAGUCAGCCUUGCAGCCAAGCAGGAGCGCGCGGACCCCGCACCGGCGGCGGAGCCCUCGUGGGCCCGCCCGGCCCCGGGCCCCGCGCCGCACGAGUACCGACCUAGAGCCAGAAUUGGAGGUACAAGAUGGCUGAUCAGGAUCCUGGGGGCAUUAGCCCCCUCCAACAAAUGGUGGCCUCGGGUGCUGGGGCUGUGGUCACCUCUCUCUUCAUGACCCCGCUGGAUGUGGUGAAGGUUCGCCUGCAGUCCCAACGCCCGUCAGGGGCCGGCGAGCUGAUGCCUCCUACCAGAUUCUGGAGCCUCUCUUAUGCCAAAUUGCCCUCCUCUCUCCGACCUACAGGGAAGUGUCUCCUGUACUGCAAUGGAGUGCUGGAGCCUCUGUAUUUGUGCCCAAACGGCGCCCGCUGUGCCACCUGGUUUCAGGACCCCACCCGCUUCACUGGUACCAUGGAUGCCUUUGUGAAGAUUGUGAGACAUGAGGGCACCAGGACCCUGUGGAGCGGCCUCCCUGCCACCCUGGUGAUGACCGCGCCAGCCACUGCCAUCUACUUCACCGCCUACGACCAGCUCAAGGCCUUCCUGUGCAGUCGAGCCCUGACCUCUGACUUCUAUGCGCCCAUGGUGGCUGGGGCUCUGGCCCGCUUGGGCACCGUGACUGUGAUCAGUCCCCUAGAACUGGUACGGACGAAGCUGCAGGCUCAGCAUGUGUCAUACCGGGAGCUGGGUGCCUGUGUCCGAGCCGCCAUGGCUCAGGGUGGCUGGCGCUCUCUGUGGCUGGGCUGGGGCCCCACCGUUCUUCGGGAUGUACCCUUCUCAGCCUUGUAUUGGUUCAACUAUGAGCUGAUGAAGAGCUGGCUGAGUGGGCUCAGGCCAAAGGACCAGACGUCAGUGGGCAUCAGCUUUGUGGCUGGCGGCAUCUCAGGGACGGUGGCGGCCAUCCUGACUCUACCCUUCGAUGUGGCAAAGACUCAACGCCAGGUUGCGCUGGGAGCGGUGGAGGCAGUGAGAGUGUCGCCCCCUCACACUGACUCCACCUGGCUGCUGCUUCGGAGAAUCCGAGCUGAGUCUGGCACUAGGGGGCUCUUCGCAGGCUUCCUCCCCAGGAUCAUCAAGGUCGCCCCGUCCUGUGCCAUCAUGAUCAGCACCUAUGAGCUGGGCAAAAGCUUCUUUCAGAGGCUCAACCUGGAGCAGCCUCUGGGCCCGUGAGAGGAGCCAGGGAGUGGGGGCCCGUCUCCCCCAUGGACGGGGUGGGGCGGGAGGAGGCUGAGCCAAGUGCCUUGUCCUCUGGAGAGGGGCCUCAUACUUACUACUCCUCAACUGAGCCCCAGGGGUAGCUUCUUGCCCCUUUGGGCAACACCCACGCCUUCCUCAGACGGCCUUCUUCCUGCUGGUCCUCAUCCCAAGCCCCAGGGAUCACCCUCCCCUUUCAAAUUCAAGACCAAAUCUGUCACCUGCCCCCCUUUUGCCCAUUUCCCUGUGUGUGUGUUGUAGCCAGCCUGUCGCUGUUGUUCCUCGAGUGUAAAGAUGAUGAACUCCU